UUUCCGGUUCCGGGGGGGCGGGGCUUCGGGGGGGGAGAGGAGCCGGGCGCGGGGCACGAUGCUGAUCAAAGUGAAGACGCUGACUGGGAAGGAGAUCGAGAUCGACAUCGAGCCCACCGACAAGGUGGAGCGCAUCAAGGAGCGCGUGGAGGAGAAGGAAGGCAUCCCGCCCCAGCAGCAGCGCCUCAUCUACAGUGGCAAGCAGAUGAACGACGAGAAGACGGCGGCCGACUACAAGAUCCAGGGCGGCUCCGUCCUCCAUCUUGUCCUCGCUCUGCGGGGCGGCGGGGCCCGGCGGUGAAGGGGCGGGGCUCCUCCCAAGCCCCGCCCACCCGCCACGCCACGCGGGGGGCAGGGGGGAGCUCCCCCUCCUGGACCGCCCCCUGUGAUGCUCCCUCUUCCCCCCCCCUCCACCCCCGGCCCCGGUUGAUGAUGUAAUAAAGUGUCUUGAUGGUGUCA